GUGGUGGUGGGGCAGCUGACUCAAGAGAGAAAGAAAUUGCUGGUGAAUGUGACGGCGGCCAGCCGGCAGGCUCGCUUGGUCUUGCAUAAAAAAAAAAAAAAUCAACGGUGAUGCUGCGGGAUCUAACGGGAAAGCCACAAGAUCCAACGGUGGUGGGGAUCCACAGUACGAUAGAAGCCGACAAUCAACAUUUCCUCCCGGCUUCCGGUCCCACCCUUAUCUACCUCGCGCUCGCUCGCUCUCUCCCCUCCCCUCCCUCCGACGACCAACCGGAGGGAUUGCGAUUCACUCGACCUCCUCCUCCUCCUCUUCGUCGUGCUCUGCGCCUGCCGGAAUCUGUAGGACGUCAGAAACCCUAAUCUCGAAUCCGUCCUCCGCCUCCGACGCCCUCGUUCUCGCGUCGUGCUAAUCCAUUGCUCGAAUUCGGUGCGGUCCCAUGGGAACGCUUCCAAGCUCUUGUUUCCUCAACCCGAGCCUUCGAUUUCGCUCUUUUUUUCCCUUGGGAGGCGGCUUCAAGUGGAGAAAUUCGGUUCCGGAGCGGAGUCGUUCCGGAAAGCUGUGUUUCUUGUGCAAGAGGAGGUUGGGAGAGUGGAAAUCUGGGAGGCGGUUUGAUGGCAUAAGUUGCUUCUCGGUCAAUGGGAGCGAUGGCAGAGGGGAGGAGAAAAGGUCGGGUAAUCAGUCAACUGAAGAAGCGGAGUCAAUUGCUGUCGAUGAUGACCUGAACUCGGAGGCAAACAAGACGUCUAGGACACCUGGGAUAUCCUCAGAGGGACCAGUUUAUAGUAGCUUUCAAGUUGAUUCUUACAAGCUGUUGGAACUCCUUGGACCUGAGAAGGUGGAUCCAUCUGAUGUAAAGCUCAUUAAGGAAAAACUUUUUGGAUACUCAACUUUUUGGGUGACCAGAGAGGAACCUUUUGGUGAUCUUGGGGAAGGUAUCCUCUUUCUGGGGAAUUUGCGGGGUAAAAGGGAAGAUGUCUUUGCCAAACUUCAGAGGCAGCUCCAAGAAGUUGCUGGAAUCAAGUAUAAUCUAUUUAUGGUAGAGGAACCUGAAUCCGAAGGACCUGACCCACGUGGUGGUCCACGUGUAAGUUUUGGCUUGCUGAGGAAAGAAGUUUCUGAGCCUGGACCCACAACAUUAUGGCAAUAUGUUAUUGCUCUCCUUCUCUUUGUGUUAACCAUAGGCUCCUGUGUGGAGCUGGGAAUUGCAUCUCAGAUAAAUACUCUUCCACCAGAGGUAGUCAAAUACUUUACAGAUCCAAAUGCUACAGAACCACCUGAUAUGCAGAAACUAUUCCCUUUUGUGGAAUCUGCUUUACCACUAGCUUAUGGUGUCCUUGGUGUUCAGCUGUUUCAUGAGGUUGGACAUUUUUUAGCAGCGUUCCCAAAGAAAGUGAAAUUGAGUAUCCCUUUCUUCAUCCCAAACAUUAGCCUUGGAAAUUUUGGUGCUAUAACUCAGUUCAAAUCUAUUCUUCCUGAUCGAAAGACCAAGGUUGAUGUCUCAAUGGCUGGCCCAUUGGCUGGCGCUGCGCUUUCCUUUUCAAUGUUUUUUGUUGGCUUGUUGUUAUCCUCAAAUCCAGCUGCAGCAGGAGAUCUGGUACAGGUCCCUAGCAUGCUAUUUCAGGGCUCACUGCUUCUUGGACUUAUCAGCAGAGCUACACUUGGCUAUACUGCUAUGCAUGCUGCAAAUGUCUCAGUCCACCCCCUUGUAAUUGCUGGCUGGUGUGGUUUGACCACCUCAGCAUUUAAUAUGCUUCCUGUGGGGUGCCUUGAUGGAGGAAGGGCAAUACAGGGUGCUUUUGGUAAAAAUGCACUGCUUAGCUUUGGCUUGGCUACAUAUUCCUUGCUUGGUCUAGGAGUGCUCGGUGGAGACCUCUCACUUCCUUGGGGCCUGUACGUUCUAAUUUGCCAGAGGACCCCAGAGAAGCCAUGCUUGAAUGAUGUGUCUGAAGUGGGAACAUGGCGAAGAACUGCUGUGAUAAUAGCCACCUUCCUGGUGGUACUAACUCUCCUUCCGCUGUGGGACGAGCUAGCAGAGGAGCUCGGUAUAGGACUUGUGACUUCAUUUUGAGGGGAAAAGAAGAAAACAUCUUAGAGAACCGCAAUUUCUCUAAGUCCAAUUUUGUGCUAAUAAGCUGUUUAUCGACAUGGUAUGCUGUUUAAUGAUAUAUAUUUUUUUGUCCAAUAACAUUAUCGCCAGCAAUUAUGUAAUUUUCUUGGAGGUGUACAAUGUUUUUAUCCAAAUUAGGCCACCCACACCCCUGCAUCGUCUA